UGACUUGUAUAAAUUGGAAUGUGAUUUUUUUUUAAACAUUUAUUGCUUCUGUGGAUCUAUUACCCUCCCACCAAACAACAGACAAGCGUGUUCUGUCAACCAUUGUGGAAGAGAAAAUAAGUAUUCACUCGAGCAACUAAAUGCGUACCUUCAGCUGGAGACAGUGAAUUGAAGAAACUACAUCAUGGACUACGUUAUUACAAAGUAGUAGCCAACACACUUGGAUAAAUGCUGAGAACACUUCAUGAUGGUCAUUUUUGGUUUGAUUAAAAAAUAACCCUUCGUUUGCUGUUAUUAUGAAUAUUAGUACUUUUCUAAAACAUGGGAACCCAGAUGGACUGCUGCUCCAGGCGCUGUGGGAUGAUCUGCGAGCACAACGGGAGUUCCUCACGUCACCUUUCCUGCCCGCAUGCUUCGCUUUCCUCAUCCACCUUCUCCUCUGCGCACCUUUUCUAGCCUUUGAAGUGCUGGGAUGUUUCUGGCCACGGAUAAAUCUCUACAGGAUCUCGAGGACCGCUGAACCGUUGCUGUUGUGUUUGCAGCGAUGGGUUGACUGCUGUUGGAGGAUUUUUCUGAAAUACCUGACAACUGUUCUCCCAGCCACAGCGCUUUAUCAAAGAGUAAGGAUUCCAAGAUUUCCCGAACUCGCGCCAUCAUGCAGCCUGCUCAUUGGGGAGGUUAUCGCGUGCCUACUUCUAUUUGAUGCGCUGUUCUUUUUAUGGCAUUAUUCCAUGCAUCGGGUUCCCUGGCUGUAUCGGAGGGUCCACCAGAAUCAUCACCAGAACCGGAUCACCUUCGCCCUGGCUGCCCAGGACGCCAGCCCGGCUGAGCUACUCUCCCUGCAGAUGCUGGCCCUGAGCAGUGCCUGGGUGGUGGGCUGCCACCCUCUGAGUGAGGCCCUGUUCCACCUGCUCAACACCUGGCUGGCCAUAGAGGACCACUGUGGCUACGACCUGCCCUGGGCCAUCCAUAGACUACUGCCCUGCUUCGGAGGGGCCCCCUUCCACCAGGCACACCACCAUAUCUACAGGGGGAACUAUGCCCCCUACUUCAGGCACUGGGACUGGCUCUGUGGGACCUACCUGGGCGUAAGGGAGGAGGCUGGGAGUAAACAUGGAGGGAGGACAAUGAAGAGACAUUAAUUUGGCGUCAUGGAACAGCCCCUUCUUCCACAGAGUAUAAAACCCACUUCCUACAAAAUCUACAUUAAGUCAGAGAACGCCGGGACAGAGUCCUCACGUUGGAAUGGCUACAAUUCUAUAGAUCAUUAGACCAUACAGCUGUAGUUUUGGCUACACAAUUAGAAAUGGUUAAAAUCUGAGACUAUCAAUCACUACAGAAUAAGAGCAAAUCUUAGACAUAAGAUAAAUAUAUAUAUUGCAAUUAUUCUCAAAUGAGCGGCCAUUCAUGUGCAAAGGAUUAGAAUUUCAAUGAUUAUAAUUAUCCACUGUGUAUAGUGAAUCCAUUUAGUCUUUCCUGCUCUUUCUCAGUCCCCACCCCUUUCCUUUGUCAUUUAGCCCACUAGGGACUUUUCUAUCAUUGUUAGUAACCAAUAUCUACUGUUUGUUUGUUAUUUAUUUCUUUGAUUAUUUAGUUAGUUAGUAAAUAAAUAAAUAAUGAACACAAUUUGUAUAUUGUUGAUUCAUUAUGGAAACUAGGGUUCAUGCAGAUAUCCAAGGGUUUGCGACGUUCAGUAAUGAGAACUGAUGAGGUAAUAAUAAUAGAUUAAUGAGAAUGACUGUAAUUGAUCAGAUAUUAAAAUAUCUGAAGAGUUAUAUUCAGAAAAUUAUAACUCUAAAUCGGAACCUUUUCCGCUGUGCCCCGGCGUCUUAGUUAAUUCAUGUUUAAUUAUUAGUUUAAAUCACGUAAUAAUGAAACCUAGAGAACUGAUUUGAUAUAAAUAAGUCUUCACAUUUAAUGAUAGUCCAGACACGACACAGGUGUGCGUAAUGAAGGGCACCCUGGCGCCCUUGAGCUCCAGAGAGAGAGAGCGGGAGCAGGCGUGACAGGAAUCUACAAGUAUGAAAAUUAUAUUGGGGAACUAAUAUCAGCCUGCUCAUGAGGGCCUCUCAUUCAUGAGGGCCUCUCAGCUUGAAUUCCAGCCUUUGCCAACUCACACUUCAUGAAGGGUAAACAAUAUUGAGGUUUUAAGUUAAUCAAGCUUCCUCAAAUUACUAAAAUGUAAGUAUAAUGUAAAUAAGAGGAUGGUUGGACUCGAGUCUAACUCCAGUCACAAAUUUGAUGACUUGAGACUCAACUUGAUUGAAAAUAAAAUAACUUGAGACUUGACUUGGAGCCUCAAGACUCAGAACCCGACUUUGACUUUUAGGAAUGUUUUGUCAUUUAUUCUGUGGUUCAGAGUCUCUGUGGAUUACUCUCCACACAGCCAGAGAGAGUAUUGCAUUUGCAAAAAAAAACUGAUUGGCUAGUAAAAAGCCCAUUCAGCACUCUGAUUAGACCAGCAAACUGUCAAUCAACACAGGUCAGUCGGCAAGAGCUAGAGCAGUGAGAAUGUUUUGUGGGGUUGACAGUAGGCCUAUAUUAUUUUCAUACAUAUUUUUUCUAGACUACAUAGAGUACAUAUACCAGUACGCUAGACUAACAUUUGUAUUUUACAUUUAUACCUUUGCUUAUUUUUUUAUUUUAUUUUAUUUAUUUUUUGAACUCCUUUUUCUCCCCAAUUUCAUGGUAUCCAAUUGGUAGUUACAGUCUUGUCUCAUCGCUGCAACUCCCGUACGGACUCCGAAACACAACCAAACCAAGCUGCGCUGCUUCUUGACACAAUGCCCACUUAACCUGGAAGCCAGCCGUACCAAUGUGUCGGAGGAAACACCGUACACCUGGCAACCGUUUCAGUGUGCACUGCGCCCAGCCCGCCACAGGAGUCGCUAGUGCGCGAUGGGACAAGGACAUCCCUGUCGGCAAAACCCUCCAAAAACCCAGACGACGUUUGGCCAAUUGUGCGCCCUCCCCAUGGGUCUCCCGGUUGCGGCUGGCUGCGACAGAGCCUGGACUCGAACCCAGAAUCUCUAGUGGCACAGCUAGCACUGCGAUGCAGUGCCUUAGACCACUGUGCCACUCGGGAGGCCAUACCUUUCCUUAUUCAAUCUGGUUACCAUAGGCCUACGGCAUUACAAAACCUUUUUUUUUGCCAGAAACAUCUGAUCUGUGCUUCAGAAACAAAAAGUUGGGCAUCUUGACUGUUGGCCAAUGACCAGUCAUCAGCAAUGCAAUGCGGAUGCACAUAUUGUAACGGCUGUCGGU